AUGGGCAAAAACACCUCUGUGCAACAGCUGAAAGAGCCCAGGGAACAGCAACACCUCCAAUUUGAAGUGAUGCUGAAAGGAGACCAGGAUAUUCUGAGGGAGAGUUUACUUCUGUUUUCUUUUGUAUUUGUGCAGGUUGAGUUUGAGUGCAUCAAUGAGAAGAAAAGACAAAAGAAGAAAAACUACAAAAACUCUGGAAUUGUGAGCGUUAAGCAUUGUGAGAUUGUAGUAGAAUGUACAUUCCUUGACUACAUCAUGGGUGGGUGUCAGCUGAAUUUCACAGUGGGGAUAGAUUUCACAGGCUCCAAUGGAGAUCCACGCUCUCCCGACUCCCUUCACUAUCUGAGCCCUGAUGGAGUCAAUGAAUACCUAACAGCCAUUUGGACCGUAGGGAUGGUCGUUCAAGAUUAUGAUACAGAUAAGAUGUUUCCAGUCUUUGGAUUUGGUGCACAGAUUCCUCCUUCCUAUCAGGUGUCACAUGAGUUCCCUAUAAAUUUUAACCCAUCAAACCCAUUCUGUAAUGGAAUCCAAGGCAUUGUUGAUGCGUAUCGUGCUUGUCUUCCUCAAGUGAGGUUAUAUGGGCCAACCAAUUUUUCUCCAAUUAUAAAUCAUGUGGCAAGAUUUGCUGCUGCAGCCACGCAGCAGCAAACAGCAUCUCAAUACUUUAUUCUUCUGAUCAUAACGGAUGGUGUGAUAACAGACCUUGAUCAAACUCGAACUGCCAUAGUUAAUGCUUCAAAAUUGCCCAUGUCCAUUAUCAUUGUUGGUGUUGGAGGAGCAGACUUUGAUGCUAUGGAGUUUCUUGAUGGUGACAAUGGAGUUCUUAGGUCUUCAUCAGGAGAACCAGCUGUCAGAGACAUAGUCCAGUUUGUGCCAUUUAGGAAGUUCCAAAUUUCUCCAAAAGAAGCUUUGGCUCAGUGCGUCCUGGCAGAAGUCCCUCAGCAGGUGGUGAACUACUUCAGCACCUACAAAUUGCUACCUCCUAAGAAUUCUGCUGCAAAGUGAGUGGGCUGAGAGGGGAAGCUGAGUCUUCAUGCCUUCUUUACUUGGUGUACCUACAGACUUUGAUUCUUGAGAUACUCUCUAUAUAUGUACAUAUGCACACCUCUGUGGUAAUGUUAGCUUUUUCCUGCAAAACAGUUUGCCAAGAGUGUCUUCUGAGGGCCAAAAUUGUAAUUGUUUUAGUAUUUAAUGUAUAUUUAUGGGAUAGAUCUUACACGGAUGUGUUUUAUUUUGAAAACUAAUAGAGGGGGGAAAAAAGUAGAGAUUGACUAUGCAGAGAGAGGGAGGAGAAUGAUGGAGAGCAGAAUGGCUGCCUGUUUGAUAAAUGUGGCCAGUGAGAGUGAUCAGUUACUUUCUUAAGUGGGGAUCAACACCAAGCACUGCAAUUUCUCUGUGAUUGUAAAAACAAUUUGAUGUGAAAAAGAUGGCAUAUCUCCAAGUAGGUAAGUUUGUACGUGCUGCAACAAAUCUGGAAUAUUUCACGUUUUUGUGUUUACUAAAGCACCAUAAGAAAACUUUGUCACACUAGUGAUAUAGUUACAUGAGUGCCCAAACAAAGUGUAGAAGUCCUCCUUGCAUACAUACUUCACAUUUGCUACUUUAGUGCCUUUGACCAGUGCCUUAGAUGUAAGACUGUGUGAAUAUGGGCAAAAUGUCUAAAAAUCUCAGAAAAAUACUACUGGCCCUUGGGGCUACUACUGUAGAUGCUGUAAGAUACAUUUGAGUGAGAACUUGACUUAAAAAACAGGAAGUUCAGGUGUUUUUCUUUCUCUCCUUUAAGUGAGACAGUCAUAUGUUGAUCUUUAAAGGGCCAGGGCAUAUCGUGAAGUAGAAAUUAACAUUUUAACUGGAAAAUUCUGUUUAAUAAUUGCAUGUUAUCAUACAAAGUUGGUUCUACUUUAUAUUAAUUUUUGUCAUAUUUUGAAUCAUGCAUUUUUCUGAUGAGCUCUCAAGAGCUAAUGAAAAGUGCCUGCAGAAAACAAUCUUUCCUCUUCCACCCCUAGCAGGAAGUUAUAAGUAAGUAUCUUUUGGAUGUUGGAUGGUCUAGUUGUAGCAUGUUACAACAAAAUGGGCUAAAACUGAAUUUAACCUUCUUGGGCACCCAAAAUAGCACCAGUUUAUAGUGUAUGUGCCUUUUCUGGUUGCUGGAGCUGCACUGUUCUUUUUCCACAUAUGCAUAACUCUGCCAAAAAUCUGAAUUCAUGUUAAUGCAUUAACGAUCAAGGAUGAGCAUUGAGAUUGCUUUACACAUCCUGUAGGUUGGUCCAAAGAUUCCAUAUGCAGCUAACUAGCUACAAUCAUCGAUUUUUCUUGGUGGAAGAUGGACCUAAAUUGUUUUAGGACUGAGAUAUAAGAAAGAUAUUUUGUUUUGUAUUAAGUCACUCUUUAAAAAAAAAAAACAAAAACAUACAUUCAUACAUAUUUAUAUAUAUAUAAUUAAUGUUUUGGUCAUAUAAAAUAUAUGGAGUAAUUUCUUUGUAACUGAAGUGCAAAUACAUCAAUAUUUCAUACAUAAGAUAUAGCAUGACAGUUCAUUAUAUCUGCAACAGACACUAUUAAUAUCAAGGAAGUAGUUAUGAUCCUAAAUCAUACGUUAUCAAUCUAAAGCAGUGUGAUUUUUGCACCAGUUAACUUUCACAGUCAUGUGCUCCAUGCAGACAGUGAGCAAACGAGAUGAGGUGUAAGUGCUUUGUCUAGAUUCAUUGAAGUGGAUGUGUACUACUGAUCGGAAUUCAAAAAUUCCUUUUGAGCUUUCUGCCAAAAAUGAUGCUGCAUCUCAGUUAUGUUACAGUUCUUCUCAUGUUGCUGUGGAAGUGCAUUUAAAUGCAAUAAUAUAUGUUAAUAAGCAUAACUGUAGUAAUCAUCUGCUGUGUAUAAAAUAAAACUUAUUCCUGAAUUCAUUGAGCUUAGGAAAUUAAAUGGCAUACCAAUAAUGCCUAAUCUCAAGGUACCCUAUGCUUUGUAAAAUAAAUGUUUCAGACCUGACAGUGGCUAGAAUUGUUUUCCAAGUAUUCUUCCCUUUGGAGCAUACAGCUAAAAGCAUGUUGAAAAAUUUGGAAAUUUCCAUGUUAGGCUGAAGCAGUAUUCUGAGCUAAGGUAUGCACCAAAUUGGAUCAAGGGGAAGGGGAAUUUUCUCAUUUUGCUGUUCUUUUUAAUUUUGUUUUUACAUGUGAAAAAUGCCAUAUUAGCUUGAGAGUACCAAGCAAAAUAUUGUCUUAAGCUCUGGAAAGUAUAUGUGCUUGUAGAUCACUUGCACCACCUUGUGAUAAAAGUAAUAUAUAGCAGUCUUUGUAAUCAAGAGCUUUCUCUGUUUAAUGGCUUAAUAUAUACAUAUGUGCAGCAGAGAAAUAACCUGUGACCAGAGUUGUUUUUUUUUUUUUUUAUUUAAAGUACUUUCCAUAUGUAUUUCAGUUCUGAAGCUUACUACACAUUAAAAUUGUCAUUUCAGUA